UUUGUUGAUGAUUUCAUAAUGCUUGUCGAGCCGCUAGAACAGAAUCCGGCACAGGUAAGUGCUACUUCCUUGUCGGCUGGGCGUAAAGCAGUACUCCACCCCUCGGGAAGGAUUUGUUGAGACUCUGCUUCUUGCUCUUCGCAGAGGCGCUAAUUAGGACGCGCGCAGGAUCGUGGCUGAGCCGGGGCCUCCGCGCUUCGGUCGGCGAGAUGGGCAUCCCGGGAACCACCACCGCGCGGGUGGUGGACGCCGAGGGCCUGGGAACACGGCGGCCCUCCCGCUGACAGGUGACUGACCGGGGCGGGCCCGGAGCCGCUCCGGUGACGCCGAGGGCCAAGCUCGAGGCUCGCGGAGGCGGCCGCGGGGCGGCGCUGCGCCCCUUCCGGCUGCUGGGCCUUCUGGCCGCAGGCUCCUCUGCCGCGGGGCGCUUCGUGGGCUCCCAGUCUUCGGCCCGGCUGCGGAGCACAGGAUGCAGUGUCCCGGCGCCGAGUACCUGGUUUCUGCAGAGAGAACCCCCCGGAAAAGAGAGUGGAGACCUCAGAUUUAUAGGAAGUGCACAGAUACAACAUGGCUAUUCCUCUUCUUUCUCUUUUGGACUGGUUUGCUGUUCAUCAUGGGCUACUCGAUGGUGGCAGGAGCCACGGGAAGACUCCUCUUUGGCUAUGACAGCUUUGGCAACGUGUGUGGCAAGAAGAACUCCCCUGUAGAAGGGGCCCCUCUUUCAGGGCAGGACAUGACCCUGAAAAGACACGUAUUCUUUAUGAAUUCCUGCAACCCGGAAGUCAAGGACGUGAGGCUCAGUUCCACCAUCCUGUGCGUGUCGAGCUGUCCUGAAGAGCAGCUUGAUACCCUGGAAGAGGUCCAGCUCUUUGCAGACAAGAAUGGGUCCUUCCUGUGUGUUUACAGUUUGAAUUCCAUCAACUACACCCAGAAUCCAAAUGCAGACUCAUUGUGUCCCAGGCUGCCGGUUCCUCCGAGCAAGUCUUUCCCCUUGUUUAACAGAUGUGUCCCUCAAACACCCGAGUGCUAUUCCUUGUUUGCAUCUGUUUUGAUAAAUGAUGUUGACACCCUCCAUCAAAUUCUAAGUGGAAUAAUGUCAGGAAGAGACACAAUCCUUGGUCUGUGUAUCCUCGCAUUAGCCUUGUCUUUGGCCAUGAUGUUCACCUUCUGGUUCAUCACCACCCUUCUGGUUCACAUUUUCAUUGCACUGAUUAUUUCGGGACUGCUGUUUGUCUGUGGUGUCUUAUGGUGGCUGUAUUACGACUAUACCCAUGACCUCAGCAUAGAAUUGGACACAGAAAGGGAAAAUAUGAAGUGUUUGCUGGGGUUUGCUCUUGUAUCUACAGUAAUCACGGCAGUUCUGCUCAGCUUGAUUUUUGUCUUCAGAAAAAGAAUAAAAUUGACAGUCGAACUUUUCCAAGUCAUUAAUAAAGCCAUCAGCAACUCUCCAUUCCUGCUGUUCCAACCACUAUGGACUUUUGCCAUCCUCAUUUUCUUCUGGGUCCUCUGGGUGGCCGUGCUGCUGAGCCUGGGAACUGCAGGAGCUGCACAGGUUAUUGAAGGUGGCCAAGUGGAAUAUAAGCCUAUUUUAGGCAUUCGGUAUAUGUGGUGGUACCAUUUGAUUGGCCUCAUCUGGACUAGCGAAUUCAUCCUUGCGUGCCAGCAAAUGACUGUAGCCGGCGCACUUGUUACUUGCUAUUUCAACAGAAAUAAAAAUGACCCUCCUGAUCGCCCAAUCCUUUGGUCUCUCUCCAUUCUUUUCUGCUACCAUCAAGGAACAGCCAUAAAAGGGUCAUUUUUAAUCACUGUGGCAAGGAUUCCAAGAACCAUUCUCAAGUACAUUUACAACACUCUGAAAGACAAGCAUAAUGCAUGGUCGACGUACAUGUUCAGAUGCUGCUUCUGCUGUUUCUGGUGUCUUGACAAAUGCCUAUGUCAUCUCAACCAGAAUGCAUAUGCUGCAACUGCCAUUAAUGGGACAGAUUUUUGUACAUCAGCAAAAGAUGCACUCAAACUCUUAUCCAAGAAUUCAAGUCAUUUCACAUCUGUUAACUGCUUUGGAGACUUCAUAAUUUUUCUAGGAAAGGUGUUGGUGAUGUGUCUCACUGUUUUUGGAGGACUGAUGGCAUUUAACUACAACCGUGCCCUCCAGGUGUGGGCAGUCCCUCUGCUGCUGGUUGCUUUUUUUGCCUACUUUGUAGCCCAUAGUUUCUUAUCUGUGUUUGAAACUGUGCUGGAUGCACUCUUCCUGUGUUUUGCUGUUGAUCUGGAAACAAAUGAUGGAUCGUCGGAAAAGCCCUACUUUAUGGACCAAGAGUUUUUGAGUUUUGUAAAAAGGAUCAACAAGUUAAAAGACACGAGGGCACAGGGGGAGGAGAACUCACUAAGGAACGAGGAGGGAACAGAACUCCAGCCCGUUGUGUGAUAGGUGCCCAUUAGAGUGUUGCCCCUGGAAAGUGUCCUUCUUCUAAGAGCCAUUCACAGAAUAAAUGGUAAGGCCGAUAGACCCUAUUCUUCACUGUCUUUGUCCUUAUUGUUUGGCCAUUAUAAUACCAGAACCAUGAAAGUAUAUCCUAUUCCGGAUUCAGUAGUUCCUUAUCGAUGUAUAUCCACCUUGGGGUAUGAAUAUAAAAUACUCCCACCCCGUCCCCACCAAUGUUCCUGAAGAUGAUUUGAAGAUUAUUCCAAGUUGGAUUUAAGAUGCUUUUGAGGCACGUGAGUCUCGAUGGAGUAAGCGAGGGCCAAAUCAGGGUCAAAUACUAGUUUGAAUCUUGGCUGUCAUUUUCUGUGUACGAUGGGCAGGUCCCUACAGUUUCCCAAGCCUCAGUCUCUAGCAUAGAGUGCAUUGUUGUGUGGAUUAAUAAAGAAAUGAUAAAGUAUCUUAUAAGACCUGGGAAAGAGGACUUUUUAAACAAAAUCUGCCUUCACCUAUCUGGUAGUUAGCCAGAAAAUAAUCAGCCUGUGGCUCAUAUGAAUGUUCAAAAAAAAUAUUUAUUUAUAAAAAAUACAACGGGAUAAGUUUAUGCUGAGAAAUGCAGCAAUAAAUACAGUUGAAGGAAACAGCAACUCUACAUUGAUACAUUGGCACAAACAGGAAGAGCACACACACCACCC